AUGGCUUGUGUCGCAGGAGUUAACAGAUGGGUGACACAGAAGUCUCGCUCUAUGAGAGAUCCACAUGAAUCAUCCGAAGUUCCUGUUCAUAUCAAGCGGUUGGUUCCUAUGUUGAUCAACCUCGGCUUUGUUGAAUUGGAAGAGUUACGAGCUGUCAAAAAGCUCAAUGAAUUGGAGAAACCAGUUCAGGAUGAAUACAUCUAA